UGAAUUGGAAUUGUGGGCAUGCGUGCUAUGAGUCGGGUUUGGACGUAAGUGUUUAUCAAGGUGUCUCAGAAGCUGGACUGAAUCCUUCCUGCACAUGGAGCAAGGGAAUGGUCUCUUUUCUGUGUGACCACUAUUGGAUGGCCAGUUCAGAGAGUCACAGAGGCACGUUUAUCAGUAAGAAUUCAAAACAAACAUUCCAUCAGGAUCAGAGAGUGAGUCAAUUCAUCAAGACUUGCAAUCCAUUAGAUUUUCAACGUUUAUCUUUUCUGUUUGUGAGAAAAGAUUUCAAACAUCGGUGUGACUGGAAAUGCACCAAGACACAUCCACCCAAGUGAGUCUUCCAGUGAACUAACUGUGGACAGGUCUUGAACAGUUACACAGACUGAAUAACAUCACACGAUUGUCAGUGGGGAGAAACUGUAGCCCUGUCCUGUGUAUGGGCGAGAAGUCAGCUGAUCUUCACAUAUAGAGAGAUAUGGCAGACACCUGCCCUAUGGAGAAACCAUGGAAAUGUGCAGACUGUGGGAAAGGAUUCAGAUAUCCAUGCUUGCUGGAAGCUCAUCGACGCAGUCACACAGGGGAAAGGCCGUACAGCUGUUCUGUUUGUGGGAAGGCAUUUGCUCAGUCAUCAGAUCGUCUAAGACACGAACGCAUUCACACGGGGGCAAGGCCAUUCAUCUGCCCUGAAUGUGGGAAGGGAUUCAGUGAGUCAUCCAACCUGCAGACACACCAGCGAGUUCACACCGGGGAGAGGCUAUUUAUUUGUUCUGUGUGUGGGAAGCGAUUCACCCAGUCAUCUGAACUUCUACGACAUGAAUACACUCACACUGGAGAGAGGCCAUACACUUGCUCUGUUUGUGGGAAGGGAUUUAUUCAGUCCUCUGAUCUUCAUAAACAUGAACGCACUCACACGGGGGAGAGGCCAUACGCCUGCUCUGUUUGUGGGAAGGGAUUUACUCAGUCAUCUGACCUUCAGAAACAUGAAUGCACUCACACUGGCGAGAGGCCAUUUAUCUGCCCCAAGUGUGGGAAGGGAUUCAGUCAGUCAUCCAAUUUGUCCAGACAUCUGCGAUUUCAUUCAGGGGAGAAGCCAGUCAUCUGCUCUGAAUGUGGGAAGGGAUUCAGUGAUUCAUCCAACCUGCUGACACAUGAGCGCAUUCACACAGGGGAGAAACCAUUCCCCUGCUCUGAGUGUGGGAAGGCAUUCUCUCAUUUAUCCAAACUCAAGGCACACCAACUGGUUCACAGUGAUGACAAACCUUUCAAAUGUUUGCACUGUGUGAAGAGCUUUAAAAGCAGAUAUGCAGCGCUAAUACACCAACGCAUUCAUACUGGGGAGAGACCAUUCCACUGCUCCGAAUGUGGAAAACGAUUUGUCCAUUCAAAAAACCUUCUGAAACACCAGCGAUUACAUACUGGUGACAAGUUGUUACCUGCACCCUCUGUAGGAAAGGACUUCCUCAGUCAUCUGACCUGGUGAAACACCAGCGAGUUCCGAAGUGACUGCAUCUGUUACUGUUGUUGUCCUUAAUAAAACUUUUUCUCACAUCACCUCUGCAUCUCUUUCCUAAAACCUUAAACUCUAGCUUCCAUCAACUUUGGGCCACCUUUUCUUAUUUCUUUCCUUCAGCUAAACCUAUCAAAAACACAAAACAUAGUGGCCAGAAUUGGACUUUAAUUGAGUCCUAGAGGCAGUUUGUCAAAAGGUCAGCAUCUUUUCCUUAUUUUUUCUGCUCGAUAUAUUUAGUUUAUGAAGUUCAAGGUUCCAUGUGUUUUACUCACUGCUCUUUUGAUGUGACUUGUCACCCUUUUAGUGUCCCUCACCUUGAAACCAGAAGCUGUGGUUUCAAGUCCCAUACCUGCUGUGAAGUUGUGCCAGAGCGGUUUGAUUAUUUUCUUAUUUUUUAAUUGUUUAUUGAACCAUAUCCACUGGGGUCUGUUUCUGCUGAAAGUAAUGAACUCCAGCUCAGUUGAAGGAAUCACUGUGUGGGUGGUGGUUGGAGGGUGAGAGCACAUCUGUGUAAUCACUACUUAUUUGGAAAAUGAGUUGAUUGAUUUGUAGAAUUCACAAACUACUUAAAAGUAAACUUGGAAGCUUGUUCUUUUCAGUCUCACUCAUACCUUGUAUUGAUCUGUGUGAAAAUCCUGUGUUCCCUUGUGAAAUAAAUCUGUAUCCAUUGGUU